AUGAUUGCAGAGGAUCUCCUCGAGAGCUGCCUUCAAAUUCUUCAGGAUCAAGCUCUCGAUGAAGAGGAACAGGCAGAGAAGGUCGAGGAGUUUCUGCGCGAAAAGACCUCGUUGUCGGGUUCUUCCUUGGAGAAUGCCGUGCUCGACGUCCUUUGGCGCCAUCGCAACCGCACGUUGCCCGACUCCUCCCCUCCUCCCCCACGACAUACUGUGAUCCGUCGCUCUUCUCCCGCGCCCUGGCAGAUGGUGCGGUCGUCUACACCGCUGUCUCCUCAUUCGAACUUAGGCACCAGUCCCGGGAGUACCUCCUGGUUCCCCGGUUCACGAGGAGGACUUCCACCCCGUCCCCCCCUGUCCUCUACCGUAUCGCCAUUCACCUCCCCGCGCCCGUCGCCGCGACUCGCUCUUGCUCAACCGAUCCCUCACUCCCCCAAUUUGAACGCAUACGAGUUCUCGCACCAUAGUCAUGUCUCGGAUUUCUACGUUGAUUUUGGCAGCGACAGCAAUGUGGAUUGGCUGGUGGCCGAUGAUGCCAAUAGCACAACCUCGUCUCUGGGGGCGGGAAGCAUGAAUGCGAGCCUGAGUGCCACAGCGCCGGAGUUUGUCCCGGACAUGAGUCCUCAUGACAUCCUGCGCACUGUGCUUGGAGAUAGGAGAUCCAACGACGAGAUCGAGACUGCUCUCGAGGCCAACGGCUACGAUCUAGGUGCGACCAUUGCAUCCUUGUCGCAACCCAGCGAUGGCGAUGCAUUACUACCACUCCCGCCGGACGACGGUCGCGUGGUUGUAGGAAAGUCCAUGUCGGUGGAUCCGCCAAAACCACCUCCCUCUCCAAGCCACCGUAGUGCAGUGGUCUGUAAAUAUUGGUUGUCCACCGGCCAAUGUCUUCGUGCCGACUGUCGAUUUAGCCAUGAUCUAACUAAUCAUCUCUGCAAGUAUUGGGUGAUGGGCAAUUGUCUGGCAGGGAACGGGUGCCCUUUUUCGCAUGACCCUUCGGCACUCGUCGCGAAUCUCAGCGUCGACGACAGUGGCCAUCAAAGUCCAGGGCCAGGGAGUUCUCCAUUCUACGCAGAAAACGCGUCCGACGCCUUCCCGCCGUUGCAAUCCGCUGCUCCAGUGGGCAGUGACCAAUGGGCAAGCCAGUAUCCAGCUCAUUUGUCGGGCCUGGUGGGAAAUAGGAACGCCCCACAGGCAAUGCAACUGGCUGCCGGUAAACGAAAUGGGAGCAUGAGUCGGCCUCUCUCCCGGCCUAGCAGCAGGCAUCAGAACCGUGAACUCAACCCAACGGCGCCCUCGGUGGAUGAUCCGGAUGCUUUCCCGACCCUUGCCGCCAUGAGCGCCAAGAAUAAGAAACAUCACGGAAAGCGCAACGCCCAGAACCGUGAAAACAGUUCCAGCAAAGAGAGCUUACCGGCCUCCCUAGCUGACGUCGUCCGGAUGUCCCCGUCACCGGCGGCCGGGAAGGGGAAGCCCACAUCCAAACUCAACAGAGAAACGUCCAAGGGCCGCGAGAACAGUGCCGCUGCUCAAUCCAUUCCUGCUCCGCACAAUAUUCCCUGGCUCGAGACGGGGUCUCGUGCUAAUCAACAAUAUAUCAAAUACCGUACCGAAGCGAUUCGUCAUGGGACGGUAAGAAAUAAGUUCCUCCAAAGCGCGGCCCAAGCCUGGAAUCGAAACGAUGCACGAGCGGCAAAGGCUCUGUCCCUACGAGGUCAAGCUGAGAACGAAGCGAUGCGGAAGUGUCAUCGGGAAGCAGCGCGCCAAUUAUACGAGGAGCGAAAUAAACAUCUCCUUAGCGUCGGCUUGGAUGAUUCUGCUGAAGAGCUCUACAUUGACCUCCAUGGAUUACACCCCGAAGAGGCUAUCGAAUAUUUAGAGAAGAUUCUUCUCAAGCACGCCCGUGAAGGUCGACGUGUUGUUUACGCCAUCACGGGCACCGGCCAUCAUUCUAAAAACGGCAAGGACAAGAUCGGAAAGGCAGUGAAGGCAUGGCUGAAUGAGUGGAAGUAUUUAUUUCGUGAAUUUAGCGUCCCUGGAGAAAGAGGCGGGUACGUGGGUGGAAUUCUGGGGAUUGACCCUACGAGCUAUGAUAAGGCGCUGGCCAAAAGUCUCCAGGAGAAUGCCGAUGCGAAUGCGGAAGGCGACGUUCUGCUAAAUCCGCCGGUUCUGACGAGCAAAAUCCAAUUGUUGAAGCGCGAAGACUUGGAGUCAAAGCAAGUCUAA